CUUGCUGUCCGGUCCUCGAAAGGAGCGGAUUCAGAUUCCAGAGUUCCGUUCCCCUCUCUCCCAAAUUCAAAAAACCCCAACCGAACCAACCCUAAAGCCUUUUCCUUCCUUCCUUCCUUGUUCCUUCUAGAGAGAGAAAGAGAGGGAGGAGAGAGGGAGGAGAGAGAGAAGAGGGAGGAGUGCAUUUCCGAAUCCACCCUCCGAUUCCGUUCUUUGUUUUCUUCUGCUUCUUCUGGUUCUAGGGUUUGAUUUUGUUUCAGAAAUGGGAAGCAGAAAAGAGGAAGAGCGAAACGAGAAGAUCAUUCGGGGACUCAUGAAGCUCCCUCCUAAUCGGCGAUGCAUCAACUGUAAUGGCGUGGGUCCUCAAUACGUCUGCACAUAUUUUUGGACUUUCGUUUGCAUGACUUGCAGUGGCAUACAGGUUACCUUAACUAUAGGAGAUGCAUGAUACUCAUGCAAGUGCAGAAGCUGUCCGUCUGGCUCCAUAAUAAAUACUUUGGGCUUGGGAAUGUGCUGGAUUGUUGAGUUCCCUCUUGGGCCAUUCACCAAGUGCUGUUGUGCUGUCUAAAUGCUCUCUAAUAAGUCGGGAAUUUACUCAUCGUGUUAAGUCAGUAUCCAUGUCCAAGUUUACUUCACAAGAAGUUGAAGCACUUCAAAAUGGUGGUAACCAGCGUGCAAGGGAAAUUUAUUUGAAGGAUUGGGACCUUCAAAGGCAACGAUUGCCAGAUAGCAGUAAGGCUGAUAAAAUCCGUGAGUUCAUAAGAAGUGUAUAUGUAGAUAAGAAAUAUGCUGGAGGCAGGACCUCUGAAAAGCCUCCAAGAGAUGUGCAGACCUAUAGAAUCCAUGAAGAUGAGACAAGACGUGCUAGUUCUUAUCAUUCCUAUUCUCAAAGCCCACCUUAUGACUAUCAGUAUGAAGAUCGACGGUAUGGAAAACAAGCUGCUGCACUUACUAGGAAGCCUGGUUCUGACCGAGGUCGAUAUGAAGGAAAGAUGUCAAGUUUUGUCUACAGUGCUGGCCGUUUAAGUGAGCAAAUGUACGAAGACAGGUUUGCGAAUGAGGGCUCUCGUUCAAGAGGUUCAGAUUUCUCUGUGUCAAGUGGAGGUGAUUUGUCUAGAUCUGGAGUACAGUCUCCUAAUUUUCCGAAGGACACUGGAUCCAGUAGCCCCACUUUCGUGCCUUCAUGGGAUAAUCUAAAUGAAGUAAGACACCAAUCAAAGGAUACAUUUCCAGAGGCAAAUGUCAAGAGAGAUGCAGCAGGGAUAUCCUGUCCGCAGAGAACUGCAUCCUCAGGAAAUUUUGUCUCGUUGGAUAGCUAUUCCAUGUCGCUCAAGUCAUUUAAUUCAGGCGGUUUAACAAAUGCUGUUGAACCUGAACAAGCUACUGUAAUCUUCCCGGAUAAAUCAACUUCUUUUACAGGAUCAUCUCAGUUUGGAACUAGUGACAAUUUGGACCUUUUCAAGGCCUCAGUUAAACCAGAAGUCUCGUCUGCAGCUAGUUCCAUUGAUUUGUUCCAGUUACCAGCAGCAUCUUCUUUGUCUCCAUCCAUAGAUUUGUUUCAACCGUCUAUAUCAUCUUCCAAUUCAUGUAUAAAUAUAGACCAGCCUCAAGUUUUCCAACCUUCCUUGGAGUUAUUUGCUGAUUUUCCUCAGCAGCAGUCAACUCCAACCUUGGAUAAACAAGUAGCCGAGGCUGCCCCUAAAAGUGAAGGAUGGGCAACAUUUGAUGCACCUCAACCCUCAGCUUCUAUUCCAUCCACCAAAAAUAUUACCCUUGCCAAUGUAGCUUCCAAUGGUGGAGGUUCUGUUGGAAAUUUUGAUGCAUUCUCGUCAUCAAACACAGGCAUGCAAUGGCCAUCCUUUCAGUACUCUAGUAGUCAUGGACCUUUUUCAGAUGUUUCUAGUCCAUGGAGCGAUAGUUUGCACAAUGUCACAGAUCCCAAUACUAGAGGCACUCAGUCAUGGAAUGCUUUCGAAGAUUCUAUUGGCCAUCAUCCAUUGGAGGUCACUAAGAAGGGCAGUGAACCAGGAGUAACAGACAAGCUUUCGUCAGCUGGUGACCAUGAUUUUGGAUUCAAAAUUUCUGAGGGAUCUGGUAAAGAUGGGAUUCGGGAAGCUGUUUCCCAAGGUGAACCCCGUGAUCCUGGUCUGCUCGUACAUGCUGUGAUGGGGCAAUCAUAUACUCCACAAGUGCUUCCUCAAAUGGGAGAAAUUAAGUCCCAUGCCACCGACCAGAAAUCAAAUAACCCAUUUGAUCUUCCUUAUGAUACAGAUCUGGAUCAGAACAGUAUGUUUUUGGACAUGAACUCCUUACAAGCCUCUCUCCCAAAUGCUCAUUUGCAAUCCUCUUUCUUCGAUGCACCUCAGUCAUGGUUUCCGCAAAAUCCAGUGUCUGGGAUGCCGUAUAUUCCAGCUGCAGCAGAAGGUGGUUUGACAUAUAUGCCAGGGCAUGCACUUAGUUCUCAGAUUCCGAAUGUCCCAACACAGGAACCUGUCGCGUCCAUCGGAGGAAAUCCUUUUGCAUAGGAAUACGGGGAGGCCAGAAUAGUCUGUGGAAUCAUUCAGUUGGUAGUGUAACUUCUAUAUUGAAUUUGUACGCCGUCGUUUUAAUCAAUAGGACAGAUUGUUCUCGUGGUAUUUAUUUGAGGAAAUAAACGUUUGCCAUGAAUAUUUAUCAGCCUGUUUGAUAUGCUUCUUCAAAUUCCACUGUGUGUGUAUUGACGGGUACAAUUUGUAUAUAUUUUUCUUUCUGUAUUUCUUCUACA